ACUCAUUCUCUGCUUAUCUCAUCAUUUUCAUUCCCCUAUAAAUUCAUGAGAAGCAUCCCCUGUUGCUCUCACUCUCUCAGCAGCAGCAGCUCAGCCCAGCCACUGAAGCGAGUACGCUGCCCAAUACUCGAGGCGAGUAGCACGCAAACAAUCUCCUUCCCAGAAAACCCAGAAAUGAAUUAAAAAGUUUACAGGUAGGUUUCCCGGUAAAACAAACCCCAUCCAAAAAUCAAUAAAUAUUUUCCCAACUCUCUCUCUUUGGUCAAAAAUGGAGGUGGAAACUCAGACUCAGACGCUCCCGACCUUCGACAAGCCUCCAUUCUCUUCUUUCUCUCUCAACGACCUCGGUUCUCGCGACUUCCGGGGCUCCGAAAUGGCCGCCGUUGACCCCAAAUGCGACGCCUCACGCAACGAAGUGGUUCCGUUGACUAACGGCGGGAUGAUGGCGAGCGAGACUGACGCACCGGCGGACGGGUGGUCCGUGUCGACGGCCGCGGUGAAGGUUCAGAAGGUGUACCGGAGUUACCGCACCCGGCGUAGGUUAGCUGACACCGCCGUCGUGGCGGAAGAGUACUGGUGGCAAGCGAUAGACUCUUGGAGAUUGAAUCGCACCACGAUUUCAUUCUUUGAUAACAAUACGACUGAAUCUGCGACUUCAAAGUGGAACCGUGUCGGCAAGAAUGCUUCCAAGGUGGGCAAGGGACUUUCCAAGGACGCCAAAGCACAGAAAUUGGCUUUUCAGCAUUGGAUUGAAGCUAUUGAUCCAAGGCAUAGGUAUGGGCAUAGCUUGCAUGUCUAUUAUGAAGAGUGGAGUAAAGCGGAUGCUGGUCAGCCAUUUUUUUACUGGUUGGAUGUCGGAGAUGGAAAAGAGCUUGAUCUCAAAGAAUGUCCCAGAUCAAAGCUUCGACAACAAUGCAUCAAAUAUCUUGGACCUCAAGAGAGGGUGAAUUAUGAAUAUGAUGUUGCUGAAGGGCUAAUUGUUCACUCACAAACUCGAGAGCUUCUUGAUACAAAGGACGGAUCGCCAGGAGCUAAGUGGAUAUUUGUUAUGAGCACCUCUAAGAAACUGUAUGCUGGUGAGAAAAAGAAAGGGGUUUUCCAUCAUUCUAGCUUCUUGGCUGGAGGAGCAACAAUAGCUGCUGGAAGGCUUGAGGUAGAGCAUGGAGUUUUGAAGUCCAUCUCUGCAUAUAGCGGUCAUUAUCGGCCAACAGAUGACAGGCUUGAUACCUUAUUAUCCUUUUUCAAGGAAAAUGGAGUGAACCUUAAUGAAGUUCAGAUACGCAAGCCAAGUGACGAAUCUGAUGGCUAUGAUGAAGGGAAGUAUAAUGGUGGGACUACAUUUAAACUGUCAACCAAAAUUGAAGCUCCUAAACCUGAGGUUCCAGAAGUGGAGACUGAGAAAUCCCAGUCCCCAGAAUCCACUGAACUUCGCCAAACAGAAACGAAACCUGAUUACAAAAGGACUUUAUCUGGUGGUCUGCACAGUCCAAGAGCUGAGGUGCCUAAGAAUAAGAUAUUGCAGAGGAUCAACUCCAGGAACUCAUCAGCGAAAUCAUACCAACUCGGGCACCAGCUAUCGCUCAAGUGGUCAACAGGAGCUGGCCCGAGAAUCGGUUGUGUUGCUGAUUACCCAGUAGAGCUGAGAAUGCAGGCCCUGGAGUUUGUUAACUCUCCAAGGUCUCCCCCCACACCAUCCUACUACAGGAGGUUCCCUGGUCUCCCAUCGCCAACGUCGAAUUCCACCUCAGACGUCAAUAAUGGCGAUAAGACCUCUGGUGAUUAAACUGCGCUUAUCAUGAUCAUGAUCAUCAUAAUCAGUUUUGUGCACCUUGCCUAAUGGAUAUUUUAGAGAAUGUAAAUAAUUACAUAUCUCAUCAGCUUCCUGUCAACUCAACUUUUUAGAAUGGUUAUUGCAUUAUCUUCUUACUGCCUACUGGUUGUGUGUAGUCCACUAUAGUGAAAGUGGAAUGUAGGUGAGCUGGGUGAAGUUUGACAAUUUUCCCAAGUAGAAGCCCACUGCUUCAACUUACUAUCAGAUUCACAAAUGCUCUUUAGAACUAAGCCUAGUGUUUUUUUGUUUAAAAAUUUAGUGCU